UCUGACAAGGUGGCACGGACAUUAUAAACACAGGGACGACAAAACGAAUGUUCUCCCUGCGAGGAGGGAUUUUACACAAAAUCAACUGGAAAUGUUUACCAAACCUGGGGCUCUCCCACGAGAAGAAAUGUUGGGCAUCCAGGUUAAAAAUACCAUGCUGCAUCUGAAUGGUCAAAACCUCCGACUGGAAGCUAAAAGUGGCCGCAAUUCAAAAACACCUGGCAUCCAUCUGUCAUCAACACAUGGAAGGGAGGCAGUGGGUCAGCUUACGGGCUGCUUGCCGACGCAGGAGGGCAUGACACAGUUGGACUUGUUGCUGCUAAAGUCACCCAGGCCUGAGCUUGAGAGGGAGGCUGAAAAUCAACCAGUGAGGCGCCCUCUGAAGCUCGCCCCGCUGGAGCUGACAGAGGAAGUGAGGGAGGCUCAGAGGCAGAAACUGAAGUUUAUCGAUCAGGAGGCCAAACCUGUUUCCUGUAAACUGGAUGGGACAAUCACAGAGCCCUGUCCAAGGAAGGUGAAAUCAUGUGUAAGGCAGAGACUGGUGAAAGCUGCAGAAUGCCCCUCUGCUUCUUUUACACCACUUAAGGCCCAACAGCAAAAUCGAUCCACACGGCCACAGCUGAUUCGCACCAGUCCCAUAGAGCAGAAUGGAAACAGGCUUCUGGAGGAUGUGGUGUGUCAAGGUACCCCAGCUCCUCUGUGCAGCAAGCCUGCCCCUCCCUCCCUUUCGUCCCGUGUUAAAGCGCGGACUGCAUGUGGCCCAGAGGUGGUGAGACAAAACCCCAACCCUCUCCAGCAAGAGAUUGGGACAAGGCGGUUGAGGCUGAGGAGGGCAAAAUGCCUUGAAGAGGAUCAGUGUAAUUCAAACACGGCAACUGUGGGAUUAUGUGCAGAUAAAGUCAAGAUGGCCCAAGGUGUUCAAGGCAAAGGGCAGCGGGCAGAGAGGGCUACGAAAGUCCAGCCGACUCCUGAAAAAAACAUGAAAGAGCCUCUUGCAGAGCUUGGAAGCAUCAGGAAGAGCAAUCAAGAGGAUUGCAGUCAGCAAUCUGCGAGGUGCACUAUGAGCCGCCAGUCGGCUGAUGGUGCAAGCAGAGAACACGCACUGGAGGGUGUUAAGCCAAGUGCUGCUAACUGGAGAUUAAAGAGGAAAAAACCCUUGAUGACCAAGCACAACAGUGAAGUCCCUCUGGAUCCAGCAGUAAUUUAAUUCAUCUUUCACUUUUGCUGCUCAGGGUUUUGCUCAAUGAUGUCAUACUUGAGUCAUUAGGAGAAACAGGUUCAUACCAAUUUUGGAUGCUAUUAAACAAAUGAACCAGACUUUAGAGUGU